AUGUCUAAAGAAAUGCAGGAACUACAGAAGCAGUGGCAUUCCAUGAUGCAGACCAUCCACAGCAACGCAAAUGUUGUUGCCUUUAUGAAUUCUCGAGUUGGCCAAUAUUUAGAUGACCAUCCUUUUGUUGCCUUAUCACUCCUGAUGUUUAUUGCAGUGUCAGCUAUUCCUGUUGGAUUUUUCCUGGUUUUUGUUGUUACAACAGCUGUAAUGGCCUGUAUUGGUGUGAUAGUCAUGGAAGGUGUUGUCAUAGCCAUAGGUGGCAUAGCCCUUCUGUGUGUGCUGUGUGGCCUGGGAGCCCUGUCCCUGGGAGUUUCUGGAGUGCUGAGUGUUUCCUAUGUUGCACUUUCAACUCUGGUCAACUACUGGUGUGCAUCAAGGGAUCAGAUAAGGAGGCAAGAUGUUAAUGGAAGUUUACCACAGAAGGAGCCUGGCUUGGACCUUUCUGCCAACACUGGCAAGAGUGAAUAAGUAGAUUUCACCCCACUUCAUGGGCACUUACCUGUACAAUUCCAGCCUUUGCUAUGUAAUUGUUUACUCAUUUAGCAUUCAGCCACUGUGUGCUCCUAGAAACUGAGAAAAAUCAAUAUACAUCUGACACUGGCACAGUAAAAGGAGCUUAAGAAUAACCAAGAAGCAAUAGUGCAGUAGUAAGUGUAUGUGCAUGAUGGAAUAUUCCAUAGAGUUUGGUAAAGGGAUGUUAUAGAUGAUUUUGCUAUGUGAAUGGCACAGAGGUAGAAAGAAAGGGGAGGGAGAUACUUCUCAAAUAGUGGAGUUCUGAAUGUCCUCUCUUUAGUACAGAACAGUUGUUAUUUUGAUACAGAACUAUCAACAUUGAGAACAGUAGAAACACAGUUUGAAUGUGGGAAAAUAUUUGUAAGCCUUACCAACUUUUGUUAAAAUAGCAUGAAUACUUUAUGUUCAGUAUACAGGAAAAAGUGGGUUUGGUAUAUGUCACGGGCUAAGCUUUUAUCUCCCUUUAGCUGUUGUGUUAUUCCAAAGGGAUAUUUUUAAUUUUCUUGUUACCUCAUCACAGCAGAGGU